AAGAAAAGUAAUUUUAGGGUUUAUGGCUGGGAGAACAUUGGGGCGACGCUGGUGUUCUUCCGCCGCUCGAGCGGCGGGCAUUGCUCCGCCGAUUCAGGUGAAGCUCACUGAGACUGCGGGCAGGGGUGUGUUUGCCAGUCGCAAGAUCGGCGCUGGGGAUGUUAUUCUCACGGAAUUUCCAGUGAUUUCGCAACCCUCGCCCACAAACAUGGGAAAGGUUUGCUGGUGGUGCCUUAAACGUUUUAGCUUGAUCACAAAACCAUUUCUCCAACUCGAGAGCUCCUGGAUGGCCUACUGCAGUCAAGAAUGCACUGAUCUUGCCAAGGGGUGUAUGGAUCUGGAGAACAAUCGUCACUGGAAAGAGUUUCACGAUUACUGUAGGGAAAGUAACUUGAGGUUUCCACUCUUGGUGAAGCGAUUGGCAUGCAUGGUAGCCACAAACAUGGCCUCUUUUGAUGUUCUCGACAUUCUCUAUCCGCCAAGUCCUCCUGGAUUUCUCCAAAGAUGGCUCGAGGAGCGCAAGCUUUUGACAGAAACUCUAACUCGUUGCGGUAUAGACUCGGCUUCAACGAAGUGUAUCCUUUUUCUUCGUUUCUUUCCAAGCAAAAGAGUUCGUUUUUCUUUCGACAGGCUCGAAGUUUUGAGCGAUUCUUGGUACGCCGGCGCGCUCUCCAGAAUACACCUCAACACAUUCCGAGUGGAGACUAUCGCCACGGAGAUCACAAACCUUGAAGCAGCGCUUGUCGACUCCAUCACAGGCGACGAUGUUGUUGGCUCCGCCGUCUACAUUCUUCCCUCCAUGUUCAACCAUAGCUGCGAUGCUAACGUGAACAUUUACUGGCGAGAAAAUGCGUUUGCACAACUGAAAGCUUUACAACCGAUCGAACCAGGCAAGGAGCUGUGUAUAACUUACAUUGAUGCAAGCAUGGGGUGUGAAGCUCGCAGAGCACUUCUUCAGGACGCCUAUGGUUUCCACUGUAAGUGCCCUCGUUGCUUGGACAACGAUUAAGCUUCGACAACAAUUAAAAACUUAAAGCUCUUCUAGAUUCGAGAAUUCACGAUUAAAAGCUUAAAGCUCUCGUGAGUUUUCUGGAUUCGAUGACAAUGAGCAACGAGCUACUACUACGAACUGCCACUUCUCUUGCGCAAUCACAGCGUCUCUUACUGCCACAGUCUUCAUCGUCUUCCUGCCAAACAUUCCCACAAAUCCUGAGAAGAGCUUUCAACCUCGAAUGCUAAGUUCCAUG